AUGUUGGAGAAGAGGAAAUGGAAUGGGAAAUACUUGAUGCAACUACAAAUAAGUAAUUGUCUGCCUACUAAAUUGAAGGUACUUCUUGUAGUGAUCAUUUUGUACAUAGCCCUCACCAAAUCUGUCAUAAUUUUCUCUUGCUCGAUGGAAAAUGGUCGAACGGAAGAGCACGCAAGCACGAGAACGCAAGAACAAGAUAUUGACAUCAUUUUUUUCUUCGCAUUGGUAUGGCUAGAAGAAAAUAUGGGUUUGAUGGCAUUGCUGCGAAGCAGUGUAACUGAUGAUCAGAACAUAAUCUGUUGCAAAAAGUAGAAGACGUUGUGGUAUCUGAUAUUAAAGCUUGAAUAUUUCCCAUCCGUUGUCGUUGAAGUUGAUGAACUUCUUUAGUGGCAUUGAGUUAAUUUCUUGUCGUCGUUUUUCCUCUCACUCCCAUCAUCAAGGGGACGAGAGGAACUUUCACAACAUUCCUCUUGUCGUGUUAAUUGACAAGAUGGAGAGUUAGAAUAUGUAUCUAUGAGUAUUCUUUCUGCAACACCCUCUCAUGAGUGGUGUCAAAAAAUCUAAAUACUUUCAGUUUCAUGCAUGAUGAAGUAAGCGAACGUAAGAACUCGUGACGAAAUUAGAAGUCAAUAAAUCCUUGUGAGAACGAUGCGGUUACUUAAUGUCAUCGACAACAAGGAGCAGAGGUGGUUUCUUUCGGUUUUGCAAUCACAAGAAAAGUGACCAGAGAUGGGUGAAGCUGAAGUAGCAGGUAAGUAACUAAUUCGUUCAAAAAUAACAGGUUUAGUGUUUGUUUCAGCAGGUUUAGAUGAAGGUAGUAUUGGAGAAAUUGUUAUUAUUGCUGACAUUCAUUGUAUAUCCUCCAUCAAACGAAUUGGUGGAGUGGUCUUGUUCGUUCUAUUUCUUUCCGUCAUAUUCAUGUGAAUGUGUGUCUUGUUUGUUGCUUGAUGAAUGGUUUUUUCUGCUUGAGAAACGGAGCGUUGCUCUGCUUGUUCCUGCACACAGGAAAAAUAUGCAGGUCUAGACCCAACAAUUCUUAGAUUGUGAUGUACAAGAUGGAUACGAAGUAGAAAUUUUCGAUACUAUCUUUUUUGGUAUUACAUAUACCGAAUGAAAGAUGACGCAAUAGGUGUUGGAGCAUUUAUGUGUAUCGUUGGUAAAGUCAAUGUAAAUGAAGAAAAGCAGAAUGGUUUGUUGUGUAAGUAUUAUCAGAAAGUUAUCAUGGCCACCUUCUUCUUGCAAGAAAUGCAAGAACCAGGUUUGUCGACUACAACAAGGUCAUCUUCAGAAAAUCAAAGAACGACGACGAGCCCUUCCCCAAUAUAAAACUCAGUAUCAUCAAGUCGCUCUACCAUCAACAUCAAUACCAGGCGUAUAAAGUUAGAUUCAAGGAGUGUGCCUCUCCGGCUACGCGUAUAUCGAAUACCAGGAAAUAGUGUUGUCUGCUAGAAUCUUGCAGCCUGUUUCGCAGGGGAUUCAUCUUGCUGAAGGCUAUUGAAACUCAGGAGCUAAAAACAGGUCAAGUUGUAUUGUAAUAUGCUACGUACUUACAACAUUUAUUAUUUUGAUAUCUUCACAACCACUUACUUGCGCUGAAGAUCAUCAUGCCUAACAUGGUCACAAGACCGGAUCGUUCACUUCUCGUGUCUGUUCUUCUGCAUUCACAACCGAAGGAUCGGUCUUUUAUCGAAUACGACGACCCGUAUCAAAACACCGAGUCAGAGUGAAAAUGAAUGAAUGAAGAGUGGAGGUGACAAAAUCAUUUUGAGUUUUUUUUGCAACUACUGCGACGAACUCAAACCAUGAAAAAACAAGGAGAUGAAACCAAGCUUUUCCACGACGACCCAGUAAGACCAGAAGCACAUCAAGCAUCGUGGAGGGGGCAUAUCAGUCUUGCUGGUGUCAUGCGGACACGGGGCAUUCGAAGUAGUCGC